AAUAGUUUCCCUCCGUCCCGCAGGUGUGCAGAUGGCGUACGCGGCCAUCAUCGCCACGCAGCUGUUCACGGCCAUGCUCAGCCUCUUCCUCUUCUACGGCAUCUACAAGGAGAGCGCAUCGUUCGUGGUGCCGUGGGUGGUGGGCGGCGUGGCGGGCGCCGCGCUGGAGGUGCUCGCCACCGUCUACUCCAACGUGCUGCGCGACCACGUCAACAAGCGGUUCGACGCGGCGUGUCGCGCCGAGGUGGCGUUCCUGCUGCCCAGGCUGGUCCUGCAGUGCGUGUGCAUAUGGUGGGUGCUGCGCAUGUACCACUUGCUGCGCGCCGGCGUGACGUGGUCCCGACCCGCCGCCAUAGAGCUGUGACUGCUGCCGCCCGCGCCGCCCCGCGCCCCGCGCACCCCCCGCGCGCCCUGCACCGCCGACACCGCCGCGCUGCUGGCCGGAGUCGACAGCGACGUCGACCUGUGACGCGGGUGAUGCGACUUCCAAGGCACUUCGGUGCGCCUGGUACUUUUUCUCCGUUGUCUGGAAGGUUUUUGUUCUGCCAGCUGACAGUAUCAAGUUUUUAUUUCAUAAUUUGAAUGUGAAUUACCUAUAGGUUGACUUACUUGUGUUCCACAAACAUAAAUUGUCCAUAAAUUAAACUUCACCGUUUCCGGGAAACGUGUUUUCAAUCAGAUAAUCGGGCUUAACUUGAGUUUGCCGUCAGUCAGGCCGCGGCCCCCGAGCGUGGGACGCCCUGCACAGUGACUGUCCCCGCGGGGCGCUGCUCUCCGCCGAGACUCCUCCGUCUUGUUCAGAAGCUACAAUAAAAGUUUUGUCGACGUUAGAGAUUCCAUUGUUUGUUGUGGAAAGGUUUUAGAAUCCUUUUGUGUGUGUCUCCGAUGUUUCUUUUUAUUAUCGAGGGGCGCAUUCCUUGAGCGCGGGCGAGCAGAUAGUUGAAGACAAAGUCAUGUCGGAUUAUUGUCGGUAGAUAUAUCAGAACAUUGUGUGUAAUCAAAUGCCUUCAUAUAAUAUCAAUACAAAGUGUACAUAGUUUUCAUGUAAAGAGAUGUUAUAUAAUAUGUUAAUAUGUUAGGAGCGGUAACCGCAGACAAAUCGUUUAUGCUUGUAAAUAGAGUCCGUAUAUAAUGUAUUACGUAGUUACGUGUAUAAAUGUUGAUAUUUGGUGUGAAACGUUAAUAAAAGUGAUUUAUGGAUUACGGAAAAAAUACUAAUUUAUCAAAUGAAGUUAUGAUAUAUUGUAAUAAACGUCAAGUAAAUUAAUGUUAAA